AUGUCCACAGAGCCAAAGAAUGCUCUUUCACUUAGAACAUGGCUAACUGAAAAUAAUGGCAGGUUCGAUAAUAAGGUCAGGUUUCAGCCAGUGCUUUCUGGAUUUUCGGUUAUCGCAACGGAAGAGAUAGCUCCGGAGACUACCAUCGCAUCCUGUCCUUUUGACAUUGCUAUUACCAGGUGUUCCUCGAAAUCCUCUCUUCUCAAGCUGCUGAAACCGAGCAAGGUAGAUGUACUUGAUUCGUGGAACGAACGGCAGUGCAUUGCAACCUACUUAUGCUUCCACUUGAUCUUGCUACCCAGUGAUUUAGAUCAUUUCACCUUUCUCCGACACGGUCCCUACGUCCUUGUGCUUCCGCCCGAGGAAAAAAUGCGAACAGGCCUUCAUUUCACUCCAGAGGAACGUGAGAUGUUCAGAGGAUCUAAUCUCUUUGGAGCUAUUGUGGACAGAGAAAAAGAGUAUCGAGAUGAAUGGGUCCAGUGUCUCCGAGUCAUUAGUGAAUGCAAGGCGAGCUGGGGUACAGCGUUCUCUUGGGAACUGUAUCGCACAGCAACCACCCAUGUUUCUUCUCGAGCCUUCCCUUCCAGCCUGUUAUCAAGAAAUCCUUCCCUCAGCACGUCGCCUUCGAUCGAGCCUAUCCUUCUACCCGGGAUCGACUCGAUCAACCAUGCUCGAGGCAAACCCGUAUCUUGGGUGGUCACGUAUCCCAACCACGAAUCUCCGUCUACGCCCCCGACAAUCUCCCUCAAGAUACAUUAUCCUGUCUCCGCCGGAGACGAAAUAUUCAACAACUAUGGAGUCAAACCUAAUUCUGAACUCGUACUGGGAUACGGUUUCUCGAUCUCCGAGAAUCCAGACGACACCAUUCUUCUCAAAGUCGGCGGUGGAGGGGUGCAUGCCAAACGGUGGGAGGUUGGCCGGCAAGCACGAGGUGCAGAUGGUCUAUGGGCAGAAAUCCUUUCAUUCAUUUCCGAAAAUGAGGAUGCUACCUACGAGGAUCAUCUCGAUGCUUCUGCAAUGCUGACGGACAUGGUGGACCGUUUAACAAGUCAACUUCCGCCGCUGAAGAACAAGAGCUUCGAUCCAAAUACGGUUCGCCCCGAAGUAGUGAAGAUGUAUCAUGAUUACAUAGAAGGCCAGCGUGAUAUCUUGGACGCUUUAAUCAAGUUUGCUGAGGCGAAAAAGCAGGCUGCUGUUGAGUGGGCUGCAGAGGAGGGGGUCGAACUAGUAUUUGAUGAAUAG